AUGGUGGAGAUCCUAUCUGCUCGUCCGCCUACACCUCCAAGGACAGUUUCUUCGCGCAUCGUGCUUGACGAAACCAACCAGACUGCAUCGCCACUGGCUGUUCAAACGCCCAAAGGUUCUCCAUUCACUGCAUUGGGCUCAACAGAACCAGGUCUCUCAAACCGCAGCUCGAAGCGAGUAAAUUUCUCACCAUGGCCUAAGUACAUCAAACCGCCAACAUUUGCUAGUGCCUCGAAAGCCGCCGACGACGUUAAAACCAUCCCUUCUUCGACGGAUUUAAAGCCUGCGAAAUCGAUCCUCAAAGCGACACAAUCACCCAUUCCCGUUUGGUCACCUAAUGUCGACACAUUCACCGCCGACUCGCUCGCUAUGCUGCUCGAAUCGGUCAUCCAACAAUUGGCAGGCGAGUCAAUGAGCUCGCGACUCGAUGCCUAUAUGCAGUUCUUUGGCGCGCUGCGAACAUAUGAUGGUCUUCCGGCUGGUCAGGAGAUAGCUGAAAAAUUGAAUCUCAUAACCGAGUUCAUUCAACGAGACGUGAGCCGGGACCUUGCAAAUGCUGGGCCUCAUGUCAUAAACCUCGUCAAUCAGGCUUUGAAAUUAUCGGCUGCAUUUGUCUGGCAUCCCCAGAUAUCGACAAAACUACCAGACGAAUUCAAGAUCUUUUUGAUUGAACAUUCCAUCACUUGUCUCCAUGAGGCCAAGGCCCCCAAAUCCGUUUUAUCACAUUACAUGUCCAUAAUAUCAACUCAAAACUUCGGCCCUAAGGUCAUGACGACUGCUCGGGUCACCCGUCUUCUCACGGUACUAUCAGAUAUCACCCAGAACAUUUCUGGCAACGCGAUCGUCUCUCAUCGAUUGAACAUCUACCAACGUCUUCUGAGCCAAGCCAAGCCCGCUUUUAUAUCCCAGGCAAAUCUAUGGAUUGAACACUUGAUUUUUGGCCUACUUCAUAAUGUGAAGGACACCAGGGAAAAAGCGAUCGUUCUUGGCUUCCAGGUGGCUGCAGACGCCGGUUCAAGCCCUAUACUCGCCAAAAGUAUUCGCGACCUAUUCGACAGACCACUAGAACAUGAUCGGAAACUUGUAAUGGAGGUUCGCGAGCGCAUGGCUCGCAUGAUGUCUACAACUGAUAGUGGUGUGCAUGUUCCUCAAAUAUGGAGUAUCAUCAUUCUUCUCUUGAGGAACAAAAAAUGGAAUGUGGAACACUGGGAUCAUUUCAAAGAAUGGGUUCUGGUGCUGCAGAAAUGCUUCAACUGCAGCGAACCGGCAAUCAAAGCUCAGGCAAUUAUCGCUUGGAAUCGAUUUGUCUUUGCUGUUGGUCCUAACGAAUCAACGAGCCGCUCGCUACUCAAGAUGCUGGGAAAACCAGUAUUUUCACAGUUUGAUCGCAAGAAAUCCGACAAGUCAGGGUCGCCGCCUAGUCAACUUGCUCUGAACAGCUACUACAAUCUACUGUAUUACACCUUUCGAACUUCGGCUUCUUAUCAGCACCUGGACUUGAUAUGGGAGGAGUUUGUGCUCAUCCCAUCUUCCGGCAUCUUCUCAUCAAUGCCGGUUCUUGGAGAUUGCCUCUCGAACAUAGUAUCGAAUUUACUAUGGACCACGCAUGUCAAGGUUUGGACCGAGAGCCGGAUAAACGAUACGAACAAGAUGGAGGCAGACGAACUUCCUACCGCCGAUAGCCGAUGGGUUCGAUCCAGAAUCUCCCCUAUUCUCAAGGUUUUCGAGAACUUGUUCAAAUCUUCUGUUUGGGUUAAUGACGCGAUCGGUACCUCCAACGUGGCACUGGCCUGGAAUAGUCUAUGUAACGCUUUGUCGCUGGCUUCCAGUAAAGAAAUCACACCUUCAGGAGAAUCGAUGCAAGCUGUUGCCAGCGUUCUUGCAUUGUUGCAUCGCCUUUGGGUUGCUGGGCCGUCUUCUCUGAACGCCGACAGCCCCGAUGUUUUCUUCAAAAGAUUUCAGUACUUAUCCACAACCAUGAUUGUCUCUAUCGGAGGAAUUCCAUUCACCGAAAAACUUCUUUUGAGAACUGCGGAUGAAACUUUCGUCACUGCCAGCAGUCCGUCACAUCGCCACCCCCAACCAGGCACAAAUCUCGACAGUCCCAUCCUGCACCUUCUUCGGUCCAUCAGCAGCAUUGCUGGGACUAUCUCUCCAAGCGAGUCUUACACGCGCCUAGUAAUGGGCAUCAUUGAAGCAGCUUGCAACAGCAAAAUCUCUCGUGGAUCUCGUCUUGAGCUUCUGCAGCAGUGUGCGGAAUUGAGCACUGCGGAGACCAGUGCUAUUCCACGUGCUCCUUCAUUGUCCGUACUCGUUUGGAAUGCUACUUGUCAGGCGGCAUCGAACGCUUUACAGUCGUUCCCUCUCGAAUCUGCCCGUGCCCGUGAUGGUUCAGUAUCCCGCGACUAUGACAAUGUCAUCAAGAUUCUUUCUUUCGGUCUUCUGUUCCCAUCUGCUUUCCAGGCGUGGUCUCAUUUACUUGAGUCGUUCGUUCGUGUGUUACGAACCGAGAAGGGUAACCAAGCCAUCGCCACGAUGAUCAUAGAGCCUAUGGCGGAUCGUCUCAUGCACCUUCCAGCUGGAGACACCCUCCUACCUUCGACGUCAUUAUUCAGCCAUUCUUUGUCUAUUCCUUUCCUGCAAGGGACCGGUCUAGGUAUCGAUCCUGAGGGCAUACAAUCCCUCGGUCAUACUGUUUUCCCUCACAAAUUUCUUGAGUCAAUUACCCGAACAAUGCACGAUGCAUACGAUGAGUUUAGCAAGUUCCAGGUCUAUGAUCUAGCUGAGUUUAUCGAGGGGUUGACUUCGUUCUUGGGAUCCGGUGCUCCGCAAUUUCAAUGCCAGGUCCUUCAAAGCCUCCAGUCAUCACUGAGCUUCUGGUUGAGAGACGAAGCAUACAAGGUAAAUGUUGAACGCGGCGUCGAUGGCAGGAUCCUCACUGCGUGUGGUGCGCUCUCGUCGGCCGCCCUCCAUGUCUUGCAAACAUCCGUUUCCCAUGACCUACCCUCUUCCAAAAGCUUUGAAACCAUUCUAUGUGCUGGUUUGGAGUCGUCGAACAUAAACACAGUCAAGAAGUUUGUCGAAUUUUGGGGUCUGACCUUUGGCUUGGUGAAAUCUUCUGCCUACCCGACCACUCUUUUGCAGGCUGUACAAACCGCCGAAUCCAGGCUCCAAAGCGCGGCAUUCCCUCCGCAGAAUGGUCACCAGGACAUAGAUAUGGUAUCCCCGCCUCCACAAGAUUCGACAGAUCAGCCAAUGAACGGGAUCCCUCAGUUGGCUCUGUCGUCCUGUGGCACUCAGCCCAACUCCCCGUUGACAGCCUCCUCCAAGCUACUUGAGCAAGUCACUGAACCUCAAUUACCGAGCAACUUCCAGUCCGAAUAUACCGAUGUGCAGAUUGAUAAUGACAUCUCAGCGUCUCUCAAGCGCCGAAGCCAUCGGGAGAUAUUCUCCAUGAUUGAAUCCAUUCAGUCGUCCUCGCCUGGGCCUACUCCCCGCAAGUUGGGCUUCAAUACUCCUCCUCAUUUGCGCAGACUUCAAUCUGGUGAAUCAGCUUCCGAACUUCUUUUGACGCCCACGCUAGCACCCACUGAACACGAAGAAGGGUUCAUCGGUUCAUCUCCUACUCCCGGAACAAGAGACCCAACACCCUCCAUGACCUCUGACGCAGCUGUUCUCUUGCCCCACGGCAUUCCCAGCAGCCAAAUUACUGACCCUCCUUCAUCUCCGCCCGAGAUGCAUUCUCGGAGCCCAAGUCCCCGCAAGGGGAGAAGUCGCUCGCGAGGCGAACGGCGAAAGGCGGCAAAGGCACGGAAGGCUCUUAUCGGCAAUUCAGGUCAACAAUCAACGGUGAACAGCCCGGCCACGUCUCGCCUUGCCACUGAACACAACACGGACACCACCAUGGAGGAUGCCUCUGAUCAUGAUCAGGACAAGGAAAACACCGACUCUACGCCUCGAGCAAAUGGGACAACCUCCCGUAGACAUCUUCGAUCUGCAUUAGGAAAAGACCCAGCGACAGUUCCAGAGCCUUCACCGGGAGAAAACUUCGAUUCCCCUGGUAGAACCCCUGUUCAAAAACCUCGGACUGGCAAACCCAACUCAAGCUCCAAAAAGAAAAGGAAACAAACCAGCCCCCAGCCGGCCCAGAAAACAAUCCAGCAAGCCAUUGACAUGCCUUCUGACUCCCAUCAUGAAAGUUUCAUGGACUCCAGUGAGGAAACUGAGACACAAAUUGCCUCACAGCUUGAACAGGACUUGGAACUGGCAGUCGAUACAAAUGACAGGGCUCAGGCGCAACGCUCACAACCUGCGGAUGAGCCGUCUAUGAAGAAAAGGAAGCGGGACGAGGAGGAAGUUCACCCACCUACAAAGAACGACCGGCGUCGCUCAACGAGAUUGUCCAGCGUGAAAGACGUUGUCAACGUCGAGCCAUCGGAGCCCGAUGGUGCUGACUCGCAAACUCCUACUAUUCUUACCUCAGGCCUCUCACCAUGCAAAUCACUAUCACCAACUGCCACCCGUCGAUCCACCCGCAAUUCGCAACGACAAGAAGCGAGCGACAACACCCGACUCGGCCCGGCUGCUCCAACCCAACAACAUUCUUCACCCAGGGGUCUGACAAAUGACGACGAGACGCCCCGGCCAUCCAAACGAUCGCGCAAAUCCCACUGUCUUGAGAGCCAGCCUGUCUCAAGCCCCGCACCAAAAAGCUCUCGGCGCAGCUCUCAAGACACCCCCACGCGUAAAACAAGGUCUCAAAAGCGCGCAAUUGAGACCGAAUCGGAAUCUCAAGUCCACAUCAUUCCCUCUCCGGAACAUGAUAUCCCCUCCGAUGACUUGCGGCCUCCAAACGGCGAUUUGAAUAUUGUUCCCGAGAGCGUCAUAACUAUGGAAUCGGCAGCAGAUCAAGACAUUUCUCCGGUCUCCACUGAAGAAGCAACUGACUCUCAAGUUUCUCAAAUGGGGCAAGGGACCAAGCCUGACUUGGUUAAUGCAGAACUAAAAAUGGAUCUUGACUUUGACCUGGACACACGCUCAGAAGCGCAACCUACCGAAGAAACUGUCGAACAAACCACAAGUCUGGCCACUGCAAGCACCCAGACCCAUGAGUCAACGCCCCCUCAAUACCAACUAGAUGUCAGUGAAGAAGGGAUCACUCAAUCCCUACAGAAGAUCUUGGGUAAUAUGAAAACGGCGACCUUGAGCCCGAAUGCCCUCCGCGAAGUCGACGAUCUUCUCUUCAACAUCCGUGUCGAAGCACAUGAUGCAUCACAGCGACACAAUACUUCAGCAUAG